AUGGGCAUGUGUGUCAACUUUGGACUCUUCGGGUGCGCGUACGCGGGUGCGGUGGAGACGCUGGCGCGCGCGGGGGAUGGUGGGCGCGGAUGGCGUGAGCGCACGCUCGCGGGAGGCCUCGUCGGUGGCGCGGGGGCGUGGGCGCACGGGGGACGGGGGCGGGCGGCGACGGGGGCGGCGCUGGGCGCGGCGGCGGCGGCGGCGGCGAGCGCGGAGACGGCGACGACGAUGGGUGAACGAGGCGAGAGGUUCGCGUUUCCGUCGUGGAGUCCGAUACAGUACGCGAUUGAGGACGAUGAGGUGGACGAGAGGGAGUUGUUCGAGAGGAUGGAGCGGGCGACGCGAGGGGAGUUGUCGGCGGAGGACGAGGCGCGGACGCGGGACGAGUACUCGAGAUGGCGGAUGCGUCGCGCCGAGCGCUCGCGGGGGGGAUGA